AUGGAAAGUCCUGAGAUUGCAUGGCCUUUUCUGUGGAACGGAGGCACCUUUACGUCUGCUCAAGUGAGCUACAGCGCGCCGACGAGAGCACAGGCCCAAGUAAGGACGAUCUCAGAAAAGCGUACCGAGCUCACCUCAAAGGUUCUCUUAUCGAACUUAUACCUGUACUUAUGCAAGGUAUGGAGUGUCGCAUUCUUGUGA